AGAUGUCCAGCAGCCAGGAGCGUGCCCAGCUUGCCGGCCCAAUAAUGAAGGUUAUGCAGCUCAACCUCAACCACUGCGCUGCGGCUCAAGACCUGCUGAGCCAAUCCUUAAGAGAAUUGGCAAUUGACCUCGCCAUCCUCAGCGAGCCAUAUCAAACUAGGGAGUCCCCUGGGUUCAUCUUGGAUGACACCAAAAAGGCCGCGAUAUGGCUAUGCGGGGCCACGCCAUUGCAGCUUUCCCUCUCAAGCGCUGCUGCUGGGUUUGUGCGCGCCAAGGUCGGAGGUACUCUAGACAACCUAGCGGCUGAUGCUAGAGGACGUCACCCAGUAGCCAUUGGAGGGGACUUCUACGCGUGGGCUGAGGAGUGGGGAAGCGUGGCGACGAAUGCGAGAGGUAGAGCUCUGCUGGAGAUCAUUGCGCCCCUGGACAUCGCGCUCCUCCACGAGGGAAACCAGCAUACCUUCUCCAGAGCAGGAAUAGGAUCGGUCAUCGACCUUACAUUUGUCAGCAGCUCACUUUUUAAUUCAUCGGGCUGGAGCAUCAGCAACAUCUACACAGGGAGCGACCACAGGGCAAUUAUAUAGGACACAGGCCAACAGACGUCUAGC